GUCACAAACUUGAUGUAAUGCACAUUGAGAAGAAUGUUUGUGACAAUUUGAUUGGUACGUUAUUGAACAUCGAAGGGAAAACGAAGGAUACCACGAAUGCUAGGUUGGACUUACAAGAUCUGAAGAUAAGAAAGGAUUUACAUCUUGUAGAAGUGGGUAACCGAUUGGUGAAGCCACAUGCGAGCUACACGUUGACUACCAGUGAACGAGUAGAGUUUUGUAAGUUUCUGAAAUCAGUUAAGUUUCCCGAUGGAUUUGUUUCCAAUAUAUCGAGAUGUGUGCAUGAAAGAGAGGGGAAAAUAUCAGGACUAAAAACGCAUGAUUGCCAUGUUUUAUUACAUCGACUGCUACCAAUUGGUAUUCGAGCAUUCUUACCGAAGAACGUAUACACUGCUAUAACCGAAUUAUGUAAUUUUUUCCGUGACUUGUGCGCCCGAACGAUAAGAGUAAGUGAUCUAGACAGAUUGCAAGCAGAUAUCAUAAUCAUACUUUGUAAGUUGGAAAGAAUAUUUCCACCUGCCUUUUUUAGCGUUAUGGUGCACCUUGCCGUUCACUUACCAUAUGAAACGAAGAUUACUGGUCCGGUUUCUUAUAGUUGGAUGUAUCCGAUUGAAAGGAGUCUACGAACGUUAAAGCAGUAUGUUAGAAACAAAGCACGUCCUGAGGGGUCAAUUGCAGAAGGCUAUAUCAUGAAUGAAUCUAGUACCUUUUGUUCACGUUACCUACGUGGUAUAGAGACUCGAUUCACAAGAGAUGAGCGAAAUGAUGAUACCAUUGUAGAGAACGAGGUAAUUGGUGAUUUUGAAAUUUUCAAGCAGAAAGUACGACCCUUAGGUGCAUCAAGUGUUCGUGCUAUAUCAGAGGAAGAGAAACGACUCUUCCAUUGGUACAUACUGAAUAAUGCUGACGAAAUAACAGAGUAUCGCAAGAAACAUUUGAGGCUCCAACGUCGACAUGCUCAAACUUCUAUGGAUUUGUAUAAAAUACAUGAACGAGCAUUCCCUGAAUGGUUUCGAGCACAGGUGUUAGAACUGCGUCAGUCUGCAAACCUAUCUGAUGAUUUCUUCUCACUAGCGAUGGGACCAUCCUUUGACGUUCGUUGUUACAAUGGAUGCAUCGUUGGUGGUGUAAGAUUUCACACUAUUGAACUUGAUUCUCGACGUACUACUCAAAAUAGUGGAAUAAUGGUCAUUGGUGAAAGCGAUGCAAGUGGAACUGGAGACAAUAAUUUCUACGGUGUUCUGGACGAAGUGUUGCACGUACAAUAUCCGUUGGGAAGAAAUGUAUGGCUAUUUAAGUGUCGAUGGUAUGACACGGACGUAAACAAAAGUCAAAGAACGACACACAUUGAAGUAGGGUACAAAUCUCUCAACACAUCCCGAUUUUGGUACGCGGAGGAACCUGUAAUUCUUGCAACUCAAGCACAUCAAGUUUUUUAUGUAGAUGAUCCAAAAAAUGGUAUCAAUUGGAAAGUUGUGCAAGUCAUCCAAAAUAAGCGUAUUUGGGACGUGCCAGAAGUGGAGGAUGUUCAGAAUGACCAUAUUAAUAUAGUAGAAGUUGUUGUAAGCCACCAAGUGGAUGACCACAUCGAGGAUGACACUCUAUGCAGAAAUGACGUUGAUCCCACAAUCGUUGAAAGACCGGUUGUGCGUCAUGUCACUGAUGACUUCAUCGACGAUGUGGAUGAACACUUGUCACAUGCAAGCGAUGAGGAAUUAUAGUGACAAAUUAAACCACGUAUGCACAUAUUUAUAUCUAGUUUAUAUAUUUUGAUUCUAGCUAUGUGUUUGUAUUUGGUUAUUGAAUGUUUGUUU